GUACAUAGAGCAAACGACAAAACCAGAAAUCUCUUCAACAACCACAAAUAUAACCAUAUAACAUUUCAUUUGUUACACAACAAGCAACUUAAUUCAGCGUUUAGAGCAUAGGAAGGCAACAACAAAAUGGCAAUGGCAAUGGCGCUUCGCAGGCUUUCCUCUUCUUUCGACAAACCCAUUCGUCCUCUUUUCAAUGGCUCCACUCUCAAUUACAUGUCAUCUUUGCCAAAUGAAGCUGUCUACGAGAAAGAGAAAAACGGCGUAACCUGGCCAAAACAACUGAAUGCUCCACUGGAGGCUGUUGAUCCUGAGAUUGCUGACAUCAUCGAACUUGAAAAGGCCAGACAAUGGAAGGGACUUGAACUCAUUCCGUCAGAAAACUUCACUUCAGUAUCAGUUAUGCAAGCUGUUGGUUCUGUAAUGACCAACAAGUACAGUGAAGGAUAUCCUGGUGCACGAUACUAUGGAGGAAACGAGUUUAUUGAUAUGGCAGAAUCCUUAUGUCAAAAACGAGCUUUGGAAGCAUUUCGGUUGGAUCCCGCAAAGUGGGGAGUGAAUGUGCAGCCCCUCUCUGGGUCUCCCGCUAAUUUUCAAGUCUACACUGCAUUGUUAAAGCCUCAUGAAAGAAUCAUGGCACUUGAUCUUCCUCAUGGUGGACAUCUAUCACAUGGCUAUCAGACGGAUACCAAAAAGAUAUCUGCUGUUUCCAUAUUUUUUGAGACAAUGCCAUAUAGAUUGAAUGAGAGCACUGGCUACAUAGACUAUGAACAGCUGGAGAAAAGCGCCACUCUCUUCAGGCCAAAAUUAAUUGUUGCUGGUGCUAGUGCUUAUGCACGUCUGUAUGACUAUGCUCAUAUUCGCAAGGUCUGUGACAAACAAAAAGCUAUAAUGUUGGCAGACAUGGCACACAUUAGUGGUUUAGUUGCAGCUGGUGUCAUCCCAUCACCUUUUGAUUAUGCUGAUAUAGUGACCACCACAACUCACAAGUCACUUCGUGGGCCACGUGGAGCCAUGAUUUUCUUUAGGAAGGGGGUGAAAGAGAUCAACAAACAAGGGAAAGAGGUAUUGUAUGAUUAUGAAGACAAAAUCAAUCAGGCAGUCUUUCCUGGACUCCAAGGUGGUCCCCACAACCACACAAUUACUGGUUUAGCAGUGGCCUUGAAACAGGCCACUACUCCAGAGUACAAAGCCUAUCAAGAGCAAGUUCUCAGUAAUUGCUCUAAGUUCGCACAGACUCUGGUUGAGAGGGGAUAUGAACUUGUUUCUGGUGGUACCGAGAACCAUUUAGUAUUGGUAAAUUUGAAGAACAAGGGUAUUGAUGGCUCAAGAGUUGAAAAGGUGUUGGAAGCUGUUCACAUUGCAGCCAACAAAAACACUGUUCCAGGGGAUGUGUCUGCCAUGGUUCCUGGUGGCAUCAGGAUGGGAACGCCCGCUCUUACUUCUAGGGGAUUUGUUGAGGAGGAUUUCGCUAAGGUGGCAGAAUACUUUGAUUCUGCUGUGAAAGUGGCAGUGAAGAUCAAGUCUGAAACCAAAGGAACAAAGUUGAAAGACUUCGUGACCACGAUGCAGUCUUCUGCCAACUGUCAGUCUGAGAUUGCAAAACUCCGCCAUGAUGUUGAGGAGUAUGCAAAACAAUUCCCAACAAUUGGAUUUGAGAAAGAAAACAUGAAGUACAAGAACUGAGAGAAAAAAAAACCCUGUUGUAAGCGCAGACUAGCUGGAACCAUUAUGAUAUGAGCUUUCCUAGCAGACGAAGGCGAAGGGGGAUAAAGUUAACUAGUUAGUUGUGGACCAAUUUAUCAAGGAUGUGAAUUUGACGCUUUUAUGAGUUCAAAUCCAGCAAAACUUGACUGAGAUCUUAGUUAAUGUAUGUAAAUACUUGUGUUUACUGAGCAAUAAAACUUGCAAUAAAAAUUAGAUGCGGUAUAUUCUUUCUC